AAAAAGUAGAAAACCCCGUUUCUAUUGCUGAAAAGUUAAAAUUUAAGCAUGCAAAUCUAACUCCACCAUCACCACCACCCAAGCCUAUCACUAUCUCUAUUGUUGGUGCUGGACAAAGAGGAUCUUUGUAUGCAGAAUACGCGGGUAUUGAACCGAAAUGGGCCAAAGUGGUGGCUGUUGCCGAACCUGUAGAACAUCGAAGGAAUGCAAUGGCCGAGAUGAUUAAAUGUGCAAAAUUAAGUGAUGCAGUUAUUAUUUCGACGUUGGACGAUCUUCACAUAGAACCAUUAGUUGAAUUUGCGAAUAAAAAAUAUCAUAUUUUGUUAGAAAAACCCAUGGCUGUCACUAUUGAGGGCUGUGUGGAGAUUACUGACGCCAUUAUUCAGAAUGAGGUGUGUAAUCUUGUGACGUAG